AUGACGUCCAUUCGUCUCUUCUUGGAGGAUGGCGAGGGCACUGCGCUGACGGGCUUCACAUGGGGAAAGCAGACAGACGACUUGGUCUUGUGUAUCGCGGGAGGCGGUGGUCUUGUGAUGCCUCGAUACGGAGACUUUGCUGACCGGCUUGCUGCCAGAGGAUUCUUUGUUGUUGCUUUGAACACCAGAGGCUACGGAGGAGGGGCCGGAAGCAUGGAAAAUGUCGGUAUGGAGAGUAACGCACUGGAUGUUGUUAACGCUCUGAGACAGCUGGGAAAAGAGCGGGCCCACUUGGUGGGAUGGGCGGGUGGCAACAGGGUGAUGCGGCUGGUCGCUGCACGAUACGGACCGCUUGUGAGGAGUGUGGUGCUCCUUGCAGCAGGAGGGCUGCACGGGCCGACUGUCGACGCAGAGACACUCCGUCGAGCAGGCGAGGCGACAUCACCUCAGGCUUCCAUGAGCGAGGAGGAGCGCGUGCGCCUCGUGAAGGCGUGCAUGUUCGCACCGGCGACAGGCGACGCGCGUGUGCGUGACUUCGUGGAGUCGGUGCUGCAGGCCCAGGCCGCGGGGAUGAUUCCGUCUGUGACCGAACGUGCGAAGGCUCCAGACCGAGAUGUGUGGUGGGGGGGUGGCGAGGCUCCGCUGCUGGUAGUUCAAGGUCUGGAGGACAAAAUGGCCCCGGUGGAGAAUGGUCGUGAGCUGAAGAGACAGUUUGAGGACCGGGUGAGGCUUGUCGAGGUCGCGAAUGCUGGACACAUGCUUGCAUACGAGCAGCCACAGGAGUGUGUCGUGGCAGCUGUUGCGUUCUUCACUUCUGUCCAAGAGGAGGCUCUGCCUCUACCAUGA